GUGGCAGGGCCGGGCCAACCUCCGCAUCGGCUGCCGCUAUCCUCGGGCUGGAAUCGCCGAGCCCCGUUGGCCGUCGCGGGCCUCCCGCCCGCUCGACGCGAGGUUCGUCCAUCUGUUCGACUCGCAGGCCGCGGCGUCCAUCGCGGCCAAGGGGAGGCGCGAGGCGGCAACCGACAGUUUCGGCCAAGCGGAGCAUGAAGCAUUCUUUCAGAGGGCGAGGAGGGCGCGCUUGGCAAAGUGUCGAACUCGGUUGAGAGUGCUCGGGGUCACGGGCACCACGCCCAAGCGCUACGCCGAUGCCCUGGAGUUGCUCCUCGAGCUCCGGGUCGGCAUUGGCGUCGGUCCCGCGGCGCCGCCCGACAUCGACGAGGGCGUCGCUGAGUGCGUCGAGGCGCUUUGGGCCCGGGCCGAGGGUGGGCGUAUCAGCGUGGCUAACUACGCGGUCGCCGCUGUGGGCUUCUUUUACCCUUCGGUCCCGCAGAGCCUAGGCCUGGCGUGGGGCCUGGUCGAAACUUGGCGCCUGUGUGAGCCGCCAGUCAGUGCUUCCCCUUUCGCCCAGAACUGGUGCUGGCCCUCGCUGGGGUCGCCCAUGAAUGUGGUGCCAGCGACGUCGCGCGCUUGCUGGUGCUCGGGUUUGCUGGCCUCUUCCGCACGAUUGAGCUGUUCACCCUCACCAAGCGGCAGGUUGCAUCAUCGGCGACAAGGUCGUGAUCAGGCUCCCUGAGAGGAAGACCUGCUUCCGCAACGCUACGACGGAGGUCGUCGUUGUGGGCAGCCCUGUGGCGGUAGUCUGCCCGCAGUUCACGGGUUGCUACAUGAAUACAGGCCGAGAGAUCUUCAAACACGGCAAAUGAGUUCCUCCUUCG